UAGUAUAAUAAACACUUGUAGAACAAGCCUUAAGAGCAAAAAAUGAUGAAUAAAAAAAAGAAGUCAAUUGUCUGUGUGGUUUUCAGGGCCGAUGUCCCCCUUUGUUCUCACAUUGGGGAAGAUAUCAAGAGAAUUGUCUGGAAAUGAAGCUGGGAGGAUAUCAAGAGAAGUGUUUAAGGUGGAAAAAUGAAGAACUGUGAAGAGCACACUUUGCAAUGAGAGAAGUUCACGGAGCCAUUGCAUGAUUAUCCUGGAUGUCCCAUCUGUGGGAGGAAGAUUAAUGCUUGUGGACAUGGCUGGAUCUGAAAACAUAGAAGCUGCAGGACAAACAGGAUUUGAAGCCAAAAUGCAGACAGCAAAAAUCAAUCAAGGGAACACUGCUUUGAAGCGAGUGGUUGAGUCUAUUGCUAAUGGUGAUUCCCAUGUUCCAUUCAGGGACAGCAAACUCACAAUGCUACUACAGGAUUCAUUCGAGGAUGACAAAUCAAAAAUCCUGAUGAUUCUGUGUGCUAGUCCUGACGCAAAGGAACUGCACAAGACAGUUUCUACUUUGGAAUAUGGUGCUAAGGCAAAGUGUAUUGUCCGUGUUGCUCAUGCCGCAACACCUAGGGACAAAAUGAGCUCCGAGGAGUCAUCUGUAGAGGAGAACUGGCUGAAAGUAACAUCUAAAGCGAUUGUUGGAACUCUUUGGAGUAGCGUUCUAACAAGCGAGUCGGAGCAGAUCGCCCGCACACACCGUCGCAUGGCGCGUUUCGAGCGUUCAGGCAGACAAGGAAGGUUAAUGCGAGAGCUAAUCAACCUAUCCGUCUCGUGGUCGUGGCCCGCCGCGCGUGCAGCAGCGCACAUCACCUUCGGGUUUCUUCUGUCGGUGGUCUGCUUGGCUCCCAAGUCCCACACAGUCGAGGUUGCUCUCCGUGGGGUCGAAUCCGGCAAACCCAUCGCCCAUUCGCCCCGGGCCCCUGAUCAGCAGAAUUCCACCGAUGUGGUGUCUGGAGAGAGAUAG